GCCCCCUGAUCCUGUGACUGGGGGCUGGGGGAGGGCCGCGCACUGAGAAGCAAGGAAGGCUCCCUGGAGGAGGCGGGCUUUGGGCUGAGGAGGGUGGCCUGGGCACGGUGGGGCCCGUGACCCAGGCACCUAGGCAGGGUCUCCUCACGUUUGCUGGCCUGGGGCGUCAGGGUCUCUGGUUGGGGCGGGUGGGCCCGCGUUGGGUCCCAGGCGUCAGCGCAGAGUCCUCCUGGGGUGGGUGGUGGACUCUGGAUGUAGGCAAGGGGCAGGGAGGUGGAGGUCCUGGGGUCCUUGGGAGGCUGGCCAGCGCUUCUGCCAGUCUGGAGUUUGGCCCUGGCCGCCUGCCCCAGUGGCGUUCGCUGUCCCGCACCCUGGCACGUGCGGAGCCACGAGCAGAAGCCACUUCCCUGCCCUGCCUGCCCCCCCCUUCCCAGGCUGACUGGACGCACAUCCUGUCCCCGCCUGGGAUGGGGCCUUGAGUCACAGCGGCCUGGGGUGGACCCAGGCUCGGCUGCAGAGGCGGCUGCGUCUGCGGAGGCUGCGGCUUUGGCCUUGCUGACUGCUCGCCUGCCGGCUGGCUGGCCCUCAGGGCCAUCGGGCACCGCCCACCUUCUUCCCCGGCAAGCCAGAGCUGAAGCGCUGCAGCAUGGCGCGCGGCUGCCUGCAGGGCGUCAAGUACCUCAUGUUCGCCUUCAACCUGCUCUUCUGGCUGGGCGGCUGCGGCAUCCUCGGCGUGGGCAUCUGGCUAGCGGCCACGCAGGGCAACUUCGCCACCCUGUCCUCCUCCUUCCCAUCGCUGUCGGCCGCCAACCUGCUCAUCGUCACUGGCACCUUUGUGAUGGCCAUCGGCUUCGUGGGCUGCAUCGGGGCCAUCAAGGAGAACAGAUGCCUUCUGCUCACCUUCUUCGUGGCACUGCUGCUGGUGUUCCUGCUCGAGGCCUGCAUCACCAUCCUCUUCUUCGCCUACACUGACAAGGGUGGCCCUGCCGUCCUGCAGAUCGACAAGUAUGCCCAGCGGGACCUGAAGAAGGGCCUGCACCUGUACGGCACUCCGGGCAACGUGGGCCUCACCAACGCCUGGAGCAUCAUCCAGACUGACUUCCGCUGCUGCGGGGUCUCCAACUACACUGACUGGUUCGAGGUCUACAAUGCCACGCGCGUGCCUGACUCCUGCUGCCUGGAGUUCAGCGAGAGCUGCGGGCUGCACGCGCCUGGCACCUGGUGGAAAGCGCCGUGUUACGAGACCGUGAAGAUGUGGCUCCAGGAGAACCUGCUGGCUGUGGGCGUCUUCGGGCUGUGCACGGCCCUGGUGCAGAUCUUGGGCCUGACCUUCGCCAUGACCAUGUACUGCCAGGUGGUGAAGGCGGACACCUACUGUGCGUAGCUGCCCGCCACGCAGCUUCGCUGCCAAAGGCCGCCGCCCACCUGGGGGACGGCCGUGCCCCCGUCUGCCUCUCUUGCUGCAGGACCUCUCACCAGCCUCAGGAGUGCCAUGCCCGAGCGGGCGGCCAACGACCAGCCACACACACCCCCGGGGCCGGGGUCUGCAGGGGUUUCUGGCGUUUUCCUCGUCCAAGUGUUCUCCACCAGCCCUGUCUGGGGCAGGGGGUGGGAGGUGAGGGGCGCCCCACUGGCCCUGGUGCUGGAGACGGGCCACAGGCUGCUCCCCACACCCCACAGCGGGGCCGUGGCGGGCUCCGGGCACGUCUAAUAAAGUGUGGGCAGCAGCC